AUGCUCUCUGACUACACCGACGCACACGCCACCUCGUCUGCAGACGAGGACGAGGAGCUCGAAGGCUGGGCGUCCUCCGCGCCGUCUGCUUCCUCCCGUCCGUCCUCCGCGCUUUCUGGGGUCUAUGCUGGCGACCACAAUGACGAUGACGACGACGACGACGACGUCCACCCAUUCCAUUCUGGGCUCACCGCGCCGACCACGUUCGACAGCUACUUCCUGCACGCCUCCAAGCCGUCUCGCACGUCCGCCUCCGUUUUCUCCGACCUUGUCGCACCACUCUCACCAGAAGAGUACACCGCCGCACUCGCACGCGCAGAGGCGCGAGCACAGCGCGUGCCGUCCCUCUCCCUUUCCAGGACACGGCUGUGGGAGGACCCCGCAGCACAGCGUCCGCUGUUCGCGCGUUACGCGCAAGAGCUGGACGAAGGAUUCAAUUUGCUGUUCUACGGGUACGGCUCAAAGCGGUGUGUGCUCAACGCGUUUGCACGCGCACUCGCGGCACAGGGGAAAGGGCGGCACCAUGUCGUUGUAGCGAAUGCGUUCCAGCCCGGCUUCGCGCUGAAAGAGCUGCUCAGCUCGGUAGAGCAGAUCCCGGCACUGCAGGACGCGGAGGAGUUGGGCCAGAGCGCGGGACAGGGUGCGACAUCGACAAGUGUGGAUGCGCAGACGCAGCGCGUUUUCGACUACUUCUCGCGUUCAGUGGAGGGAGAAGAGGCCAAUGCGUCAAGACUGUUUCUAGUCAUACAUAACAUCGACGGUCCCGGCUUGCGUACGACGAAAGCGAACGCGUGUCUCGCCCAGCUCGCACUCGCUCCUCGCAUCCACAUCGUCGCAUCUAUCGACCACAUCGCCGCACCCUCACGCUGGACGCUCUCUGAGUUGUUCGCACGCAAGGCGGAAUCGCCGUACUCGCCGCAACACAGGCGGACGAAAGUGAGAGGGACGGCAAAAGGCAAAGCAAGAGCUUCCGAUGGGCAACCUGAUGGCACUCAAGCCUGGGCGGACAUGCUCCCGCGGCGCGGCUUCGCAUGGCUUUGGCACGACCUCACGACGCUCGCGCCGUAUGACUUUGAGCUUGCCAGGGCGGAUCCUGGUGCGGUUUCAUUAUCCUCUUCUCUCAAGCGCACGGCGGGUGCCGGCGUGGGCCACGCUGGUGGGGCGGGUACAGCUAUCAUUUCAGAAAGCGCAGCCCGGCAUGUACUUGCGAGUGUGACCCAAAAGGCGCGGCGGCUAUUCGUUCUCCUGGGGAGCAGACAGCUCGAACUCAUGGCUGAGUCCUCUGGCGCAGGUGGCGCGGCACAGGCACAGACAGAAGCAUACGAUUAUGAACGACUUUUCAACGCGGCGCGGGAUGAGUUCGUGGCGACGAGCGACACCGCGCUGCGUGCGUUGUUGGGGGAGUUCAGGGAUCACGGGGUAGUAGUGUCCGUUGUCAUCUCGAGCGCAGGUGCGGGAGAAGCGUUAUGGAUUCCAAUGAGGAAGGAUGCGUUGACGAAGAUAGUGGGAGAAUUAAAGGCAGAGGGACUCUAG